AUGGACUCUCCCACUGUCAAUGGGUUGAAGUUAAGAAGACCAUUUUCUGAAUCAAGAAGAAAUAAUAUUUGGCGGUUUCUUUCAAGUUAUUUCUCUAUUAAUAGUGCACCCGUUACAAACACUUAUUCUGUGAAACAAGAAAACUGGAUUUUAGAUGAACCUACAAAUUUGGCUCUAGAUAACAGGGGUACGACAAAUACGAUCUUCAAAGAAUAUAUUAUGAAAUAUUUCUUGAUUGAUAAAGGGCGUAGCUUCCCUGGCACUGUUUUAGAGGCUCCGUUUCACAAGCUGAUGUUAAAAGACAAUAACCCAACUUUACUUGUCUUAGGUCCAAAUCUUUAUAAGGAACAAGCUUUUUAUUCUUGUGAUAUCGAAGAAACAGGUAAAGAAUUAUUGAACAUCAAGUACGAAAUUGGAACUCUAGAGCUGAACGGCUUUCUCCAUUGUAUACAUGAGCGGGUAAAUGUUCGAUAUGAAGGCUAUUCUUACAAAGGAUCCUAUAAAAUAUCUGAAAACCCCAUGAAACCAAAUAGGCUUUUAUAUUUACCACCCUCUCAAUAUUCCAACAUUCCACUUCUAGCCUUUUUUUAUAGGUUUUCUCAGGAGGAUGCUAUAAUAUACAGGGAUUUGUUGGUUGUUUACAGAAUACGAGCAAUCCGACGAGGUUAUGAACCGAUAAUAGACAACGUCUUAAGUGUCUUUUUCGAUCCACCAUAUGAAAUAUAUGUCAUUUCUUCGCCACAUGGGGACGAUUCCAAACAAGAAUAUAUCGACGUUGAUCGUUGUGAAGACGUCACAGAGGAGGAACGUCAAGCUUACCAAGCUUACUUUAUGUUGAAAAUGAAAUUCAUGCUGGGUGAUAAAUUGAAAUACUCAAUAUUUUGUGAACUGCUUGAGAAUACAAAUCAUGCCUAUUCUGAGAGUGUAUAUCUAGAGGAGUCCGAUCAUUUCGAGUCCGGAGUUUGA